GAUUUAUUUUUAAAUGGUUCAUCUAAAUAUGGAUUAUAUAAUAAAUUUACUAGGGAUGAUAUUUAUGAUGUAGAUACUCGUUAUUGCAAGUUACAUAAAAGUAAUCUUAAUGUAAACCAAGACAUUUAUAAUCUAUGUAAAAUGUAUGAAAAAAAUUUAGGAGAAUUACCAAAAAUUAUGAAAACCGAAGAAGAUAGCAAACAACACUGCAGAUAUUUAACAUUUUGGAUAAAUGAUCGUAUAAGAAAUAAUUUUAAAACUCAUAACGUUCCUAUGGUCAAACAAAAUAUUAUUAUUCAAAAAUUUUUAUCUGUAUCACACUUGGUAAAUAAAGAUUUAUCUGAUAAUCAGUGUAAAUAUAUACAUAAUCGUAACAUUGAUUUUGGAUUAUGGAAAAAUUGGAAAGAUUUAUAUGAUUAUAUUAGAAAUAAAGAUAAUAUUCCAGGUAAAAUUAAAUCUAAUGAGAGAUUAUGCAAAAUAUAUCAAGAGUACUAUGCUCAUAUAGAGAAUAUAUAUGAGAAUUAUAAAAAUGAAUGCUGUCCAACAGAAAUUAGAAAGUGUCCUAAAGGUAUUCAUUUUAAUGAAUGGUGUAGUGAGAAUAACAUUUUAACAAAAUUAGAAUGUGAGUACUCGCAAAAAGUUACAGAAGAUCUUGAAGAAUCUUCAAAAAUCGAUUCUGCACAUCCAGCGGGGGAAGAAGAUUCGAGGACUAAUUCUGCCAUUGCAGAAAUUGCAUUAUACUCUCAAGGUCGUUCAAUCCAUAAUGGAGAUAUAACGUCAGAUAAAACAAAUGAUUACAUUAUUCCUUCAGUUGUUUUUUCUGUUGUCGCAGCAUCUUCAUUGCUUUUCCUGUUGUAUAAAUUUACUACCGUUGGAAGUAUGAUAAAUAGUAAAAUACUUCGAAGAAAAAUAAAUAACAAUAAUUUUAAUGAACACACGCUAAGCUUUCUGUCUGAUUAUCCAGAUAAUAUACAUUUCGACUCACGUAACGAUGGAUUCCAUGUAUCUUAUCAACCAGAUUGA